CCACCGUAGUUACGUACAAAGUAGUAGGCGCGUAGGCUCCGGUUUUUGCCUAUCAAUGCUAAGCUAACUCCAGCAGUCGUUUUAAUUCAUAGUGUGUGAAACUGUUUCUGUCUCUAUGGAGAGUGUAAAUGCUAAAUACGUGUCCCAGAAAAUCAGUAAAACCAGAUGGAGACCAGUUUCUCAUUCGUCUUUGCAGCAACCAGACAUCUUUGCGACCGGCUCGUGGGAUAACGAGGAUAACAAGAUUUCCUUUUGGUCCAUUGGAAAUCAUGGAAGUUCUGGGAUGGACGAUGGAUUUGAAGGAGAUCCGCAGCUUUUAUGUGAACACAAGCAUGAUGGAGAUGUUCUGGACCUUCAAUUUUUGGACCAAGACCGAAUUGUCACAACAUCAUCAACUGGAGCAGUCACCGUCUUCCGCCACCACCAAAACAGUCAGACGAUAUCAGUUUCUCAGCAAUGGCCGAGAGCGCAUCGCUACCCUUGUGACAACGCUCCCUGUACCGGUGUCGUGUGCAGCAGUCCUGAAAUCGUUACAGUCGGUGAAGAUGGAAAAAUCAUUGUCUUCAGAGCCGACCAGGAGGGAGUGGUUCGAGUCAUAGAAAAUGCGGACAGCAGCACGAUACAUGCUGUCACUUACCUGAGGACAACAGAGAUUUUGACAGUAAACUCUAUCGGCCAGCUGAAGCUGUGGGACUUAAGACAACAGAGCAACUCACCAUCACAGAUUCUCUCCCUGUCAGGGGACAGAGUCCCUCUGCACUGCGUGGACAGGCAUCCGAACCAGCAGCACAUUGUUGCCACAGGAGGGCAGGACGGCAUGCUCUGUGUCUGGGAUGUGAGACAAGGCAGCGUACCCUUCUCACUCAUGGAGGCACACUCUGCUGAAAUGUGGGAAGUCCACUUCCAUCCCACGAACCCAGAUCACCUGUUCACCUGCUCAGAGGACGGUUCACUGCUGCACUGGGAGACCUCCACACAGUCAGACAUGCUCGCCUUCGUACAAGGCGGCAGGAACAACAGCAUGAAAUCUCGCAGUGCGAUGGCCCCGGCUGGAGGGAACCAGUCCCUGAUCAGCGCCUGGCUCAGCGGAGACUCCAGUAAAGCCCGUCUGGAGACGACUCACAUGCUGCCCAGUCAGACGCUGUCUGUCAACAGUUUGGACGUGCUGGGACAAUGUCUCGUCUGUGGAACGGACGGAGAGGCAAUUUUUGUCAACAGACAGGUCCCUGUUUAAAAGAGCUGUUAGCGCACAGGACAAGAUGUGGAUUAAAAUAUGUUUAUUUGCCGUCAAUUUCAGUCACAACAGAGGUUUCAUUGUCUGUUUUGAUCAUACAAGGUGCCUAAAAUACUGUGUUCAGAAGUAUGAUUGUGACAUUUUGGCUUUAUGUUGUGUAUUUGUCUGUCAUAUAAAGCACAUUUCUGGAUGGAUUCAUCUAAGAAUCAAGGUUUUUGUAGAUCAUUCCAGGCAGAGUAUUCCAAAUCUACAGUACUUUUGUAUGGAUAUCAUUUAAAACUGUUUUGAAAUAAAUAAAUAAAAUCCUUUAAACAA